AUUUAGGCAUUCUUGUACUUGGAAACAAGAAGCAAUUGUAUUUAGAAACAAAGAAGCAAAUAUAGAAGUAAAGGAGCAAAUACAGGAGCAAAAAAGCAAUUGUAAAAGCAAAAUAGCAAAU